AUGGUUCCUCUCAGUCAUCUUAAUAUUGACUCAGAGAAAGCAAAUGACUUCCUGACUCACUCCAGACCAAAGCGUAACGCGGACUCUCGAUGGUACAGAGGAAACCCAGACUUCCAGUCUUAUUACAGAUACUACAGCAGCAUCGGACACACUGAGGGGCUCUAUGAGAUCGACAAGCUGCGGAUGCUCUACCAGCAGAUGAGGUACCUGGAGCACACCUACGGCCCCAACGCCUCCUAUUUCCAGAACAAACUGGGGGUGCCAAUGAUCAUGUGCGACCCAGCUACAGACAAGAAGUGCAAAGUUAUUCCUCCUCCACCCCCGAUGAAAGGGGUCCCAAAGCCCACAGAGCCCCCAGUGACCCCUCCUCCUCUUCCUCUGGCUCCAUUUAUUUCCCAGGCUGAUGUGCUGUACCUGUGCAACAAAAAGGACCCCCUCUGCAAGCCCCACAUUGUCUACAUGCCCACCGGCGCCGUGCCCGUGCUCUGCGACCCCCGCUACCACCCCCACUGUUCCCCCCAGAAGGCUCCACCAGCCCCUGUGGCAGUGCCUCAACUUCCUCCACCUCCACCAAAGAAGUCCGCCCCACCUCCGCCUCCGCCAGUCCUCGUCAAGAAGUCUCCCCCUGCCCCCAUCCGCACCUUCAAGGGCAUGGAGUACGACUGUGAUCCCUACUGGGACCCCGACUGCCUGAUUGACCACCCACCCAGGCCUAUCAAAGGGAAGAUUAUGGUUCCGCCACCACCACCACCACCCCCUGCUGUGGAAGAGAAGGAGGAGCCCGUUGAGGAGCCACCCCCUCCUGCACCCAUCGAGAAGAAAUUAACCGUUUACCCUUACCCUUACUACUACCCUAUGCCCUACGACCCCAGGGAUGAUCUGUACGACCCAGCCCGCUUCAAGUACCCAGAGCCUGCUGCUGCUGCUGAUGAGCCUGCAGAGGACAGUCAGUAA